GAUUUUUCACUGCUGCCUCAAACAGGACAUACCAAAAAUGUCCAAACCUUGAUCAAGAAAGUAAUUUAAAAAUAAUGAAAGCAAAGAGCAAUAGUAUCUCUAGUUUGGAUACAAGCAGGGAUGUUGUUGAGCACUUUUGUGAUGACAUAAAGCACAAAAAUCAUGAGGUUUUUUUGAUGCUUUAAUGCUUUCUGUGCAUAAUUCGGCCAAGGAUAGAUGGAGGUGUAUUCAUAGGUGUGUUUGAAAAAUAGUAAUCUUUUGUUUUCACGUGCAGUAGACCAGACAAGCUGAGACUGUCAGAUCCUGUUGCUGAAUUAAUGGCGUGGCAUGAUGCCAUGCACCCCUAAAAAAUACAUGCUCCCUCCUAUAGCAAAGUGUGCAUCUGUGUAUGAGGGUCUUCGCUGGAGUAAGCCCACACACUGCGAGGCGUGUGUGCGAGGUGAUGCCUCCAGAAGCGCAUCACAAGGCGACUAAUCCCUUCAGCUAGAAGCAGCGUUUGGUGGACCCGCAACCGCCCCAGAAAGAAAAGAAGAAAGCAGGGAAGCCUCCUCUUGAUCCUCUUUGAAGCAAUGUAGUGGAGAGGAGACCUGGGGGUUUCUCCACCGGUGGAGACGGAGGGAGUAUGGAGACAAGCGUGGCCGCUUGAGGAGCACCGCCGCACGGAUAUGAGCGCCGGAGAAGCAGCUACUUUUUAAAAUUGACGAUGGAACCCGCGGAGGUGGUGAUGUUCAUCUUGGUGCUGGUCAUCAUCGUGGUGUCGCUGCUGUCCAACAUCCUGGUGCUGAUCUGCUUCCUGUACAGCCAUGAGAUCCGCAAGCAGGUUCCGGGGCUCUUCAACCUCAACCUGACCUUCUGCAACCUGUUGCUGACCGUAGCCAACAUGCCGCUGACGCUGGCCGCUCUGGCGAGCCGUGACCAGCCGGGAGGCGACACCUUGUGUCAGGCGGCCGGCUUCCUGGACACUUUCCUCUCCACCAACUCCAUGCUGAGCGUGGCGGCGCUCAGCGUCGACCGCUGGAUCGCGGUGGUCUUCCCGUUGCGCUACCGUUCCAAGAUGCGCCACCGGGACGCCGCCAUGGUGCUGGGCUUCACGUGGUUGCACUCCAUGAGCUUCUCCAUGGCCGCCACAUGCCUCUCCUGGCUGGGAUACCACCGCCUGUACGCCGCCUGCACUCUGGCCGUGCCGAGGGACCAGGCGAGCAGUUGGACGCAGUUCGUCAUAUUCACUGUCCUUUUCCAUACGUUUACCUUCGUGGUGUCGUUCGUCGUACUUUGCGUCACUUACCUCAAAGUCCUCAAAGUGGCCCGCUUCCACUGCAGAAGGAUAGACAUCAUCACCAUGCAAACUCUGGUGCUGUUGGUUGACAUCCACCCGAGUGUUCGACAGCGCUGCCUGGAUCAGCAGAGGCGGCGGCGGCAGCGAGCCACUAGGAAGAUCAGCACCUUCAUCGGCACCUUCAUGAUAUGUUUUGCUCCCUAUGUCAUCACAAGAAUCGUGGAGUUGAUCCCAGCGGUACCCAUCAGCCCCCACUGGGGCGCCGUGUCCAAGUGCUUGGUGUACAGCAAAGCAGCGUGCGACCCGUUCGCGUACUCGCUGCUGCGCCACCAGUACCGCAAGACGUACGGCGACAUCGUGAACCGGCUGCUCAAGCGCAGCCCCUCUAUGAACGAAUCGGGACGAGGCCACGAGGAACGAAGCGACACCAUACCCAGGGCCGAGUGAGCGGCGGACACCACGUUGCCGUGACGACCGAGCGCCGCCGUAGAUGAAGGGCGCGACCGCCUCUGCGAGUCAAGGGUAGCUAUACUGGAUCUUACAGCACAAUAGUAGGAGUUCUUUGAUAACGAGUGGUAUGUAGCACUGAACUCUCAUGAUCACGUCCCUUAAUUGUACUCGAGUGCAUCUUAAUACAGAUGAUUUCAGGUACAAGGACUUUUAAUUCUGCUUUAGUUUAUGCUUCCACUGAUUGUCCUUUGUGAGGGGAUGAUUGGACCCUUUCUGAGCCCUCAGGUAGUCAGUCCCUUUCCCCCUCAUCACAAAGGGAACCAAUUAAUGCUUUUCAAGAAGUGCACGACCAAAUGCAUCUUUAUUUCAUAAAUACCUGAAUCUCUAAGCAGAACAUGCACAGAAAUCAGAAACCCGAUACAUAAGCUUUUUAUUUCUGAUUGCACAAUCAACGUAAUCAAUAAUAAAACCAUUCAUAUAACUACAGGGGUGUCCAAACUGAUGCAUGCGGGCCAGUUUUCAAUGGCCCGCAGCAACUUAUGAGAGUAUUAUUUAAUAUUGUCCGCUUAAGAAGCUUGAGUUCAACCUACAUUCUGUCUCACUUCUCAGCUUCAACACUAGAUGCAGCCAGUCACUUAAAGAGUGCCUCUCAAGUAGCUCAGGGGAUAAACGUGCCAACAUGUUGAGAUCGAUGUAGGAAACUGAAGAAUUUCAGUAUUUUGUUUUACAUUAAUACACUGAAAUGAAACAUAAUACAAAGUGAUACAGUGGGGCAAAUAAGUAUUUAGUCAACCACUAAUUGUGCAAGUUCUCCCACUUGAA